UGCUCCGGGGCUGCAAGGAGCUUCCUUGUCAGCCGACGACCUCCUGCGCCUGUGCCCACUCUGGCGUUGCUACCCGCCGUCCCCACAAUCGCCGUGCUUCCCCGUGCUCGGGCUCGCAGGACGUGGGGCCGGCCUUAGGCUUCGGCAGGCCCGUGGCGAUGGCUUCUGCGGCUGCGGCUUCCCCGGAGGCCGUGGGCACGUUCAAGAAAGUGUUCGAAUUCGAGUACGAGCACGUGCCCGUGGUGCUCUACCGCUGCUCGGAGACUGGGCUAAGGGUCGCGCAAGCCAAGGUGCAGUCCCCCACUGUGCACGGCUACUUUGCGGUGCAGACCGAAGCGUUCACUGAUUAUGGAGAGCCGCACACCUUGGAGCAUCUGAUCUUCCUCGGCAGCGAGCGCUACCCUUACAAGGGCGUCCUAGACGUGCUCGCGAAUCGCUGCCUCGCCCAGGGGACCAACGCCUGGACGGAUGUGGACCACACCUGCUACACUGUGGACACAGCUGGCAGCGAGGGCUUCUUGAGGAUCCUUCCUGUCUAUCUGGACCACGUGCUGUUCCCAACCCUCAAGGACAGCGGCUUCGUGACGGAGGUUCACCACAUCAAUGGCGAGGGUGCGAAUGCAGGGGUGGUGUACUGUGAAAUGCAGGCUCGUGAGAACGAGGCGAACGACAUGAUGGAUCGGGCGCUCAAAUUUGCCGCCUACCCGGGCAAGUGCAGCUACAAGUCCGAGACCGGGGGCCGAUUAAAAGAGCUGCGUGAUCUGACGAACAAGAUGGUCAUCGAUUAUCACAGGACGUAUUAUCGCCCCGACAAUUUGUGCGUCAUCGUCACAGGGCAGGCGGAUGGCAAGGAGUUGUGCGAGGCUUGCGCCCCUGUGGUAGCGUCCAUCAAAGAGAGCGAGCGCAUCCGUUCGUUGCCACCCUUUCAGAAGCCCUUCUCCUCAGAGCUGCCGAAACCUCAGGGCGAGGUGACUGAGCGCAUAGACUUCCCAGCGGAGGACGAGAAGACUGGGGCGAUCGUCGAGUUUGCGUGGCACGGGCCGAGAUGGGGCAACCAUGAGAAUAUCACGGCGUUGUCUAUCCUGCUGACGUACCUCACCCAGGACUCAAUCUCGCCGCUGCGGAGCGCUUUGGCUGAGACGGCGCCCCCACUCUGCGGCAAGGUCUCCUUCAGCAUGCUGGAGCAGACGACCUACCUCAUCAACGUGAGCCUAAAGGAUGCGGACGUGGAGCAGCUGGGGCUCAGAGAUGCGGGCGCCGAGGUGACUAAGGUGUUGGAGUCCGUUGCAGCUCCAGGUGGUGCUGGCAUCGACCUCGCACGAAUGCACAGCGUCAUCGGGCAAAGACAGCGGCGGCACCUGUCAUCAGUGGAGUCGUCGCCGCACGAUUUCUUCUGCGGGGAGCUCAUAGGUGCCUUCCUGUACGCCCCUGACUUCACCGGGUCGUCAGGGGACUGCAGCGCCGAGCUGCGGGCCAGCCUGGAUGUGCCGGCCUGCCUGAAGGGCUUGCUGGCUUGGCCCGCCGAGAGGUGGGCGCUGCUUUGCGACGAAUGGCUCCUGAAGGCGAAGGGCAGCCCGCGUGUCGGGGUGACCGGCUUUCCGUCCAAGGCGUGCGGCGAGCGGAUACAGUCGGAAGACGGAGCCCGCAUCGCCGCGCAGAAGGAGAGCCUUGGCGAGGCGGGCUGCAAGGCAAAGGGGGAAGCCGUGGAGGCCGCUGAGGCAGAGAACGACGUCGACACUCCUGACGAGGUGUCCAGCCAGUUUGCGCUCCCAGACGUGGAGAAGAUUCGGCUGGUGGAGGUAUCAACUGUCACCGCUGUUGCAGGCGCUUGCACUGCCGUGUACGGCAAGGAAGUCGCCCAGGUGCAGGCCAGCUUGGAGGCUGCGGCAAAGGCAGCGGGUGGCAUGCCAGCCUGCUCGUUCCAGUUCGACCACGCGACAGGUGCGCAGUUUGUUCUCUGUGUGGCGAUGCUGCCGGUUGGCUCGCUCACGGUUCGCCAGCUGGAGCUGUUGCCGCUCUGGUGCGACGUUGCUUUCGAGCUGCCGAUGGCCGCCAGCGAUCUAGGCCCAGCGAUGGACUACGAAGACGUCGUGAAGGCGCUCACGGAUGCCACGGUCCACUACGGCGUGUCGGUCGGCUUUGGUGGGGGGCGGUUCAACGUGGGCCAGGCAGGGAAUAUGAUGGCCGCUGUUAUCAAGGUCGAGAGGGAGCGCUACACCGAGGCGCCCUUCUGGAUGGCCCGUGUCUUUGCCGACGCUCAGUUCGACGCCGAGCGCCUGCGCGUGGCCGCGAGGCGGAUGCUGAACGACGUGCCAAAUAGCAAGCGGAAGCCGCAGGGGCUCAUGCAGAUGGUCAGUAAAGCUAUGACCUUCGACGACUCCAGCCCCAUCGCGGCAUUCAACGCUUUCAGGGUCGAGAGGACUCUCAAUGGGGUCUUGCAGGACGUCGACGCAGUCGCCGUCGAGCUCGCGGCUAUCCGCCAGUCAUUGUUGUCCGCCCCUGGCGGCAUGCUGCUCCGAGUGGGAGGCGAUAUAGUUGAGCUGGGUGCUGGGACGUUCACCCCGUGGAGGAGGGCGCCCUUCGAGACGACGCCCUUUGCGCCCCCAUCGAGAGUGGAGGCCCCGCGUCCCGCUCUGGACCGAGAGUUCUUCGCUAAAGAGAGGGUGGUGCCCCCGCCGGGCUCCACGGUCGGCUGCAUGGUGUCCAGUUCGGCGGAGGAGUCAAACUACUGGGCGGUCCAGUGCGAGUCUUUCACCGAUCCGAGGUGUCCUGAGCUGGCCCCGCUGCUGGUCGCGAUUGAGUAUAUCACGGCGCUGGAGGGCCCUUUCUGGAGGAAGAUCCGCGGACGCGGACUGUCCUACAGCUAUUCUUUGUCCCACAGCCUGGAGACGGGCCGCAUCAGCUUUGGCCUCUUCAAGGCUGCGGACCCGGUCGCGGCUUUCUCCGUCGCGCGGGAGGUGGUGGUCAAACUCUGCAGCGAGGAGGGCAAACAGGGUGGCGACGGGGAGCAGGAAGGUGCCCUGCAUUGCGCGGACGGCAGCGAGGAAGACGAUGGCGAGGAUGCCGACGAGGGGCUUGACCCUAGCGCCCUGGAGGCUGCCCAGAGCGGGGUCUUGUUCGGACUCAUCGAGCCAGUGGACACGAUCCCGAGUGCCGUAGGGGAGGCGUUCAAUGGCGCCUUGCUGCAGCUCCCGCCCGACCAGCUUCAGUGGCUCCUGAAGGCCGUGCAGAAGGUCUCUGAAGAUGAGGUGCGCGCGGCGCUGAGGAAGCACCUGCUGCCCCUGUUCACCGGAGAGUGCGGGCGCAGGGUGUCGAUCGUAUGCCCCGCCGCGAAGCGUGCGGCGCUGGAGGAGGAUCCUUCUCCUUCCCUGGCCCUCCUUCUCCUUCUCCUCCUCCUUCCUCCUCUUCCCCCGCAGCCUUGAUGCACUUUCUUCCUCCUCCUCCUCCUCCUCCUCCGCAUCCGCUGAUCAUCAGCAGGCGCUGGCGAAGCUGGAGCCUCCCAUCAAGGUGGUCCACAUGGAGGUAGACGCGUUUGUCAGCGCACUCGCGCCAAGCGAUGGCUUUGCCGCCCUACGCGAGCGUGUGCGGGCGCUCCAGACCUGAGCAGAGUGGCCCCGACCACCAGGGAAGUAGAAUUUCUGCCAUGCCCUGAUGCAUUAGCACCUCGAACUGUUCGCAGUUUUACGCAUGCCCUUGCCGUGUGCUACAGGCAAGGGCACCUUGUCCUCGCGGCUGGGCGAGGGCCCAGGGCGUUGCGUUCCAGAUCAAUUUUGGUGGAUCUCUGACAUUGUGGUGUAACGGGGUCGAGUCACAGCUUGCUGCAACGAGCAUAUCCUUCCAUCCAUUUCGAGAGAGAGAGAGAGAGAAAGAGCAUGAUUGAUUUGUAAAGUGUAUCUUGACUGUAAACGUUUGGGGGCAGAAGAUGGAUGGUCAGUAUGAGCAGCAUGUGAGCGGGUCCCUGCUUUCGCUUGCUUUCCUCCUCCUCGUGGGACCGUCCCGUCGAGGCGGACGGAAGUCAGCUCGCGACGCUUGCGCGCAUGUGAAGCGUUGCCCGCGAGGGAUAUGCCCGCCAUUGGUGCCCCUAAUAUGGCUGGUCUUGCCGUCAGCUCAGCGACACUUGAGCAACGGUGCUCGUGUAGCUUCGCCGUCACCCAAGGUCCCAAGGUGUCGGUCGAUCUGCUGGAGGGUCGUGGUUGGAUUCCUUUCCAUUGGUGGGUCGAUUUGGGGCCUAGCUGCGGCAUCCCCGUGCCCUACCCCUCCUCGUGCCUCGCCCUACCCAUUUCCUUGUCGUCACCGUCCCUCGACGCCCUGCCCCUCCCCUCUCCGUGCCCCCCCCUCUCUUUUCGUCCCGUGCCCUCCCCGCGCAGGCGAGACUGAGCGUGUCCGUGGGCGUGGAGCACGCGGCCGCGCGGGCCGCAAGGGCGGCGGGCGCCCGGACGGCGGCGACGGGGUCGCUGGUGGCGCGGAGUGACGCCACCCGUCCGAGGAAACUUGCUGCGUGCUAUCCUUCGCCCCUCGUCUCUCUC